AUGUCCAAUGCAGGUUCCAUCAACGCUGAGCUCAGCGAUGCAGACAAGAAGCUAGUCGCCUCUCAGAGGGUCAAAAGGUUGCCUAAAACCGUCCACCAGCAAGUUAAGGACUUAGAAGCGCGGUAUACAACCUUCAUUGCAGCUCCUCGCAAUCAACGCUGGAGGGCAGCGCUACCUCCCAACUUCAAGUCCACUCCAAUCACCUUCUCAGUAAAUGAAGGCAUCACUAGCACAGACAAUAUUUUGAAAGUGCAAAGCUUCAAGGUCCUGUUGGGACUGCAGUCAGCAUUUCAACAGAUACAAAAGUCGACAGAUCCUCCCAUGCUGGUCUCAGAUUUCGCAGAGGACCAGCUCCUAGAAUUAGACCCUGCAGACCGGCAGCUCAUGUUAGGAUCAGUGCUGAGCCUGCAGAUCGCUGACCUGGCAGCAGUGCGGUCCCUAUGCCAGGUGCCAGAGGCUCAAGAAAGCCUCAAGGAUUUCAUAGAGACAGAGCAGUUUAGGGUCUUGGAGUUUCUGCAGCUAGAACUAGCAAGGGUGCAGACCUAUGAGCCGGUUCUUCCUGCCAAUUUCAUGUCUGAGGACCAAAAUACGGUCGCUGAUGCCGGCCAAGGUGAGGGCGGAGAUGAGGAUGUGUUGGAGGCGGUCUUAGAGCAGGCUAUGGAAGGCGAAUCUCGGGCGCAGCGUGAGGAGAUGCCAGUAGACGAGAGUUUGGGAGGCCUCCACGCGCGCGCGGAUCUUUUGUCGACGCAGUCGGGCCUGAGAUACCUUGCGGAGGGGCUUGCAGAUAACCCAUUGAUGGACGAGGCUCUGCCUCCCUAUUCAAGUGAAGACCUGGGGCCUCCAAGAGAUUCUGCACGAAGCCAGGAUCCAACAGAUAGUACCUCGAAGGAGGUCGGCGGACUGAGUGGCGCUGGGGAGCAACAAGCAGCUGACCCGUCAAGAGGGGCCUCUUCACCGGCAGACCCGCUUGCUACUACAAGGGAGGGGUCCGUCUUGCUGGGACCACAGCUGUCACACGAGCAGGAGCCGCAAGCACAGGCAAGAGAAGCACACAUUGGCCAAGUGGGGCAGCCCGUUCCCUCGGUGGUCCCGCCCGGUGCUUCCUUCCUGCAGUUCCCUUGCCCCCAAGAUGUGGUCGGAGGUGAAACGGGGCAGCCCAGUAUGGAAGAAGUCUUGCCAACUAGGCAUUCCGCUCACAUCGGGGACGUGCGUGGUAAUCAAUCGGGGGGGCAGCCCAUUUCCCAAGGGGUUCCACAAACUGGGCAGCCCGAUCGUCGGGGAGACGCGUGUGAUAGGCGACCAGGGGAGAAGCCCCUUUCCUCAGGGGUCACGCUAACCGGGCAGUCCGCUCCCAAGAGAGACGCGCGUGGCAGUCCGCCGGGGGAGCAGCCCGUCGCACAAACCAGGCAGUUCUCUCCUGAGGAAGACGCACGUGGCAGCCGGCCGGAGGAGCAGCCCAGUUUCCCGGGGGUCACACAAACCGGGCAGUCCGCUCCUGAGGGCGACGUGAGUGGCAGCCGGCCUUGGGAGCAGUCCUUUUCCCCAGGGGUCACACAAACCGGGCAGUCCGCCGCUCAGAAAGACGACGCGCGUGUCAGCCAACCGGAAGAGCAGCCCCUUUGCCCAGGGGUACAACGAACCGGGCAGUCCGCUCGCAACGGAAAUGCUUUUGCUGGUCAAAGUGGUGGGCCACCUUCUCCCCUUGGGGCCCCGUUCGACGAUGAAACCGGGCGGAGAGGCGCGUCUGAAGAUGUGCCGGGCGGCCAGCCGGGGAGGCAGCAGAUUGACGCAGACGCCCCGUUUGUUGUGGGGAGGGAGAACGUCGGCUUGGGUGAAGGGCAAGGUGGAAAUGAAAGGGCCCGUAUCCCAAACCGGGGAAGAGCCUUCCAAGGAGAAACGGACCAGCACUUUCGGGGACCGAGUCCUCUUUUUGGGCCCCAAGGUGGCCCCACAACUGCCCCCCCAGUCACAUUCGACGCGAUGAUGCAACCCGACUGGGAUGCGUCUCGUGGUUUUCCCGGAUUUUGGAAUGCUUCGGCUGACGAGGUUGUCAAUCAGGCACCUAGCAAGAAUGUUGUCUGA